AUGGAACCCUAUGCUGGAAAUGACGCUGUUAUAGAAUAUUUCAAAACUAACGAUAGAGAAACAUGGACUUACAAACAUUUUUUAAAUGAAAUAAGAGAAACAAUCAUAAUUUCGCCACCAUAUUCUGAUGACUGGAGUGGCUUAGAUGGUGCAUGGUAUAGGAGGUAUAUAUAUCAUGCCGAUAAGUCCGAUCCAGAGUACGAUCUGGAGGUUUUGCCGAAGUUUUCGGCGCCCUUCUGGGUUGAUGAAAAUGAUAAACGUCAACAAAUGAAGUCUUUUUUUCAAGACAUUAUUCUUGAACGUGAAAAGAGAAAUGCCGUGAAAAAUUAUGUAAUAGAAGGCGUAAGAGUCCUUAAUGAAGCAAGGUUUCGCAGUUCAGAUGAAGUUACCUCCGCCAUUAACAAACGAUAUCCUGAGGAUCAAGCCAGGGGAAACGAAGAUGAUGCUUCGCACAAACGUCAAUGUCGCCAAACAGAAAACGAACCAUCGCAAACUCCAGAAGACAAGGCAGUUGUUUCAGAGGUUACAGAGGUUACGGAUGACGAAGAAUGGGAGUUUGAUACACCACAGCCAAGUUGGCUAAAAAAAUUGAUAGAGGAACGUCGUCUGUUAAUCUCAAAAGAUGAACCAAUAACUACGUAUAAAUCAUCUUUAAAAUCAAUUUGGUGGAAGAUCGUAGACUUAUCGGAUCCUAAACUUGUAGAUCUUCUUUCAGAAUCAGAUCUAUCAGAUCUGAACGCGAUGUUUUCAUCUGCUUUAAAGGAUUGGACCGUGUUGGAACCUUCAGCGGAAAAAUGCCUGAAGUCUCUUUCAAAGCUCGACAGCUAUCAACUCCGUACAAUUGGAGAAACCGUAAGACCGAAGGGAAUACACGGUGCAAUUCUUAGACUCCAAGAAAUGAUAAGUAAUAGGAAUCCAAUUAUCUUAGAAGCUGGCGAUCUAUUUUAUGAUGGAUAUAUCGACGAAGAUACUGAAAUUUCUCACGAAGAGAUCUCACUACUUGAUGCUAAUGAUCUUCUGGAUCCAGAUGUCGCGUACAUUUUUGACUUGAUUAGAUAUACGUGCGAGAUGAUCGCGAAAGGAAUCCCCAAUAGAGAAAACUCAGAGAGGGACAUUGAUGUCUUUAUUAAACGUCAUAUUUUUUCAUGUUUCGAUGAUAUUUUGGAUAGUCAUUUCGGUGAGGUGGUAUCAAGAGCUUCACGAGACCGUCGAGCAAAUGCGGUAGAUGCUCCGAGCAAUGCGGAAGGAUAUCACGUCGACUGGAUGUUCAUGCGACACGAUUUAGGAAAGGACUUAAGUUGGGGUCGUGAAUUUUCAGUUUGCGAACGUGCCGGUUCCAAAGUUGAAAACAAACGCAAGGUUAUUUCGAAUAAUUUAAAAGGACAAAAGAUUCUAAGAGACAUGCACCGGUCCCUAGCUGAAGUAAUAUCUGCAGAAGGCAAUGGAAUGCUUUCAAAGCCGGUUCUGCAGGCUAUUACAAAACUUCUUAUGCCCGCCGAUUUCGACAUUCCAACAAAAUACGAGGAGCUAAAGUCAGUUAUUAAGAUAUCCCGUAUAAUGCUUCAAAUCAAGAAAUUACUAUACACUACUAUUACUCGAUUUACACUUAUUAAAAAAAGAGCUGAGAAGGAAAAACUUGCUCUUGGAAGAAUGUUAGUGCCUGUUAGAAAGAAAGAGCACAGAACUCCCCAAAAACCGAAGAAGAAAUAG